AUGGACUUCUUCACAUAUUUUACAAGAGUCAGUGGAAUGGAAGAACGGCCCGACGUGGUGAAGUCGUUCGGGCUGGGGCUGGUGCGCCGCGGCUACUUCGAGGGCUACGAUCCGAGGGUGAACCCCGCGGUGGCCAAUGCCUUCGCCACGGCGGCCUUCCGUUUCGGCCACAGCCUGGUGCAAAACUCCCUGCUGCGCUGCGACCGCAGCCAUCGCCCCCUGCCGGCCAAUUUUUCCCUUCAUGAAGAGCUCACUAAACCCGCUUAUCUUCACCAUGUGGGCUCAGUGGAUGAAUUACUUCUUGGUAUGUGUGCACAACCAGCACAGAAGAGAGAUGAAUUUAUUACAGAGCAGCUGACGAACCAUUUAUUUCAAACAUCUCAUUUGCAAUGGGGAAUGGAUCUUGCUGCCAUUAAUAUUCAACGAGGUCGAGAUCAUGGUUUAGCUCCAUACAAUACAUGGCGAGAGGCAUGUGGAUUACAACCUUUCACAAACUGGGUGCAAAUGUUGAAGGUUAUGUCACCAGAAACGCAGCGCAAAUUUAAAAAAAUAUACAGAGAUAUAGAUGAUGUAGAUCUUUUCCCUGGAGCUAUGUCUGAAAAACCUGUCAGUGGAGGACUGGUUGGCCCUACUUUUGCAUGCAUCCUAGCACAACAAUUCAGCAAUCUUCGAAGAGGGGAUAGAUUUUGGUAUGAAAAUGGUGGAUUUGAAUCCUCGUUCACUCCAGCUCAGUUGCAUCAACUACGUAAAAUAACACUUGCUCGAAUUUUAUGUGAUAACUUGGAUUCUAUUGAUACAAUUCAACCUUUUGUGUUCCUUGCAUCUGAUAAUGAUAGAAAUAAGUAUAUGCCGUGUGAAAAAAUACCAAAUUUUGAUCUUACUCCGUGGACUGAACAUAGAAUAGUCAAUGAAGAUGACUCACAUCAUCAUGGAAACUAUAAUGAUCAAGAAAACCACUAUGGGGAAUCAAGUACCACCAAACAUCCUCCUUAUCACAGCCAACAUGACCAUGACUCAUAUCUUACUACUCAGGAGCAUCAUUAUCACAAACCUACAGAAUCCCAUCAUUAUCACAAACCUACAGAAUCCCAUCAUUAUCACAAACCUACAGAAUCCCAUCAUUAUUAUGAACACACGACUGAGACUCACCAUCAUUCUCAUUAUCAACAGCCAAUUCAACCUCCUGAAAAUCACUAUCACAAACCUAUAAUUAAUGACUACCAAAAGCCAAUUUUACUUCCUCCUGAACAAGAUCAUUAUGGUUCACACAGUUCAUCAAAACCUACCUACAAGCCUAAACCUCAGAACAAUUACUCAAUAUCUUACAUUUAUGAAUUUGAUCUGGAACACAAGCCUAAACCCACUCCUACUCCCACUUACUCAAAACCCAAGCCAUCUAUAAAUCCCACACCAAGUUACACUGUGAUUCAUGUACAUCAUUCUGUUGAACACCAUCCAUCAACUGGUCAUUCAGAUUCAUAUCAUUCACCUGUUCAUUCCAAACCAGGUUAUCAACCCCCUGACCAUCCAAAACCACUUCAUCACGGAGACAGUUAUUUGCCCAACCAUUCUCAUGGACAAAAAGGUGAUACUUAUACUUCCCAGUCUGACAGUUAUCUUCCUUCUAAACCUCAUAAUACGUUUAGACCAAUAAAAACUACUACACAGAAACCUGUAAUAAAACCAUACUAUCCUACAGAGGACAGUGACAGACCACCUUCGAUAGACAAUUACGGUCCAGACGUCUUUCCAUCUGACAGUCACAAACCACCUGCAGACCCAUACAGACCUAUUAAGCCCAAUGUUCAAGACUAUGGAUACUAUAAGCCAGUGACUGAUGGUUACAAACCACCUGACACUUCAGCAUACAAACCACCUCAUAUUUAUGGUUCUUUAUCAUAUUCCAACAAUUACAGACCAACUAAACCAACAACAGCUGGACUAAAUAAACCUACUUAUGGAUCAUCAAAUCCAUAUUAUGAAAAUCAUGGAACACCAAAACCAACUAUAGACAAAUAUGGACCUCCAAAACUUGAUCAAAAUUACUACAAACCAAGUCAAUAUGAGACUUCUACAGUGACUUACCCAAAACCUGAAAUAAUAUAUUCUGAUCCAAAACCUUCCAUGAAUGAGAAUCAUCAUUCAACAAACCCCAUCAUGCAACAAUAUCCUAAACCAAUUCGACCAUUAAAAGGCUCUUCUCAGUACACAGUGAUAGAAGUGCAACAUGAAUAUUCAAGUUCAGAUGAAUGCAAAGACCCAAGCCAUAUUAAACCUUCCUCCAUUGUAAAUGCUGACAGUGCACAUGACAGUUACCAUCCCCCAUCUCAAAAUCAUGGAAACCAUGGAAAUUUUGCCAACAGUCAUUCAAAACCUUUUAUAUAUCAUUCGCACAACUCGAAACCAAAACCUCCAUCGAAUUUGGAAAGUGAGGAUACUCCUUUAAUUAUCUUCACUUCUGUUUCCACCAAGUCAUCUGGAGCACAUAGACUGAAAGGAAAUCAAAAAAAUUCUUCCUCAGAAGCUACAAAUUCAUCCCGUUUUAAUGUUUACAAUUCUGAAACAAAUGAUGAAAAUAUCAAACAUGAUUUCUCAAAGUAUGUAUCCCUCAAGACAAGUCCCGAACUUCCAACUCCUGGACUUGGGGCUGAAGCCAGAAACACUGCACAAAUGGGAGCUGAUAAUAGUGAUAGAUGGACAUUCGAUGCAAAAGAAGUUGACGAUUCUGAAGAAAUUCCUGAGGUACUUUAUUUGCCAAGUGAUCCUGAAUCUGUUCGUGAAUUGCCCCAUCCCAUCAUUGAGGAAAAUGAUGAAUUUUCUGGAGAAGAUGAUGAUGAUGAUGAUGAUGAUGAUGAUGAACUUGACAGCAGAUCUCUCUGGUAG